CUAAUUAUGUAAGGGAUAUUAAAUGUAAUAAAACAAUGAAUCAGUAUUUCGAAUGUAUCUUACUUGAGCAAACUAUACCUAUCCUGUCUGCUGUAAGAUAGAGCGCUCAAUCAGCAAGAUUCAAGGCAGUUUACUCAUGAUAGAUGAUAAAUAGCAGCACUUUAGAUAGAAAGUAUUGGAGAUAUGCAAACAUUUCUACAUGCUACCAUACAAGUAUCUGGCUUGCUAGAAAUUGUAUUAAAAUCAAGGAUAAAAAGAAGAAUAUUAUAGCCACUAAGGGUUCUCGACCAGCAAGAUUACUAUUGACUGAUAAGAAUCCUUGUUAAAUUUACCUUUAGAAAAAUUCUGACCAAAAGUUAGAAUGCAGGUUCUGAAAAUACGUUUCCCUUAUUAAGGAAGUCCUAUAUUCCUUAUUGUGGUUACCUAUGUAAGAUUACUGGUUUAGUAACCUUUGAUAGUUAGGAAUUGCAGAAUUAUAGAUGAUAAAUCAAGGAGAUUAUGAGCAAGAAUUUAUCCCUGUUUUAAUCAUAUCUGUGCUAUUUUGAUGAAUAUUUUCGAAAGCUCAUUUUUUGCAAACUUGUGAACUUCUUAUUU